UUGUCCUUCUCCCUUUCUUUACUUCCUCCAUUACAGACAGCUGUGCUAAUUUUGGACACGGCUCAAAUCUGAGCAAUUCAAGUGAGGACUCGCUGUCCAACUAGAGAAAUCUCAUCAAUUCAUUGACAGCGAGACGGGUCCCGGCACACGGGCGCGCACACAGUUUCCCACGAUGCCUGCCCCUCGGAUCGCACUGUUGGCGCUCAUUGCCCUGAUGGUUCUGUUGCCCUGUCUGCCCCAGGCUCACUCACAAACCUGCCCCGAAGAGGCUGGCACCCCUGGGAUGCCUGGAAUCCCGGGGCUGCCUGGGAGAGACGGUCGCGACGGAGAGAAAGGGGAGAAGGGAGAGCCGGGGAAGGCUCUCGCUGCUGAUCAGCUCAGUGUUAAGGGGCAGAAAGGGGAGCCCGGCUUGGUCGGUGUCCCAGGCAAGAUGGGACGCAGCGGGAUGAGUGGAAACCCUGGACUGCCUGGUCCGCCUGGCCCCGUCGGGGAAAAAGGGGCGUCGGGGUAUCACAAACUGACGCUGAAAUCUGCUUUCAGCGUGGCCAGGGGCACAAUAGAUCACCCAACCCGGCUCUCCCCCGUCCGCUUCAACAGGAUCAUCAGCAACGAAAACGGCGACUACAAUCCGUCGACCGGCAAGUUCCGCUGCAAGAUCCCCGGCUCUUACUACUUCGUGUACCACAUCUCGUCCACUGAACACCUGUGCGUCAACAUGAUUCGGGACUCGGUCAAGGUCGCCAGCUACUGCGACCACAAGAUAAACGAGUUCCAGGUGAGCUCCGGGGGCUUGGCGCUGAAGCUGUCCGCGGGCCAGGAGGUGUGGCUGGAGACCACCGACUACAACGGCAUGAUCGGCACGGUGGGCAAGCAGAGCGUCUUCUCAGGCUUCCUGCUGUUCCCGGACCAUCAAGAGCACAGACUUCCUCAAUUAGAGACGCGGUUCUGCUUUUUCUUUCGUCCCACAGCUGCGUUUUUAACAUUCACAAAAGGGGUUUCUUCUCACUGCAGGACACAGCCCGCUCCUGCACUUAAAGACGCGAAGACCAUAGCUGGAAGAGCCCACACUGCUCCUCCCACCAUGAUGUCAUUGAGAGUAGUGGCAGUGGCAUCCUUCCUGCUGGCAGUGGUGACAUCAUCAACAAACAACAGCUGCCCUGCCGAAAGGGGUUACCCUGGGAUUCCCGGAAUUCCAGGAGGACCCGGGCAGAACGGCAAUGACGGACUGAAGGGGGAAAAGGGGGACCCAGGUGAUAGUGCACGCCAAGUCAAGGGAGAGAAAGGAGAGCAGGGAGAACUGGGGGCCCCAGGCAGAGCCGGCCCCCCGGGAGAUCCUGGCCCCCCAGGGCUCCCAGGCCUGCCAGGACGGAAGGGCCCCGUUGGGGAGACCGGUGAUAUUAGCUCGAUGAAGCAGUCUGUCUUCUCCCUGCGCAAGACUUCAAAUGCCCCGUCCCGUCGCGACCAACCCAUCCGCUUCGACUUCCCCAUCCUGCUGGACAAAAGCGCAGUGCGCAUCGAAGCUUCGGUUUUCAUCUGCACCACCAAGGGCCUGUACUACUUCACCUACCACGCCUCGUCCCGGGGAGCCCUCUGCAUCAACAUCAAGAAGAACGGCGUGAAGGUGGUGGGCUUCUGCGAUCACGUCCAGGGGACCUUCCAGUUGACCUCCGGCUCCGUGGUUCUGGACCUUGACUUCAACGACAAGAUCUCGCUGGAGCCCACUGACAAGAACUCUGUGCUGGCUGCCGAAGGGGCGGACAGCACCUUUACCGGCUUCCUGCUCUUCUCUAGCACUUAGCCAAGGCCAGUCGGGUUCCCACUGCCAGGCAGCUCAGGGGAAGCACUGCUAGCUUGCUCACGCUUUGCUACAAUAUUGCAACAUACAGCUUGAUCAGAAGUGGUAUGAAAAGAAAUGCUAUUGUGUUAACUUGAUUGAAAAGCAAUGGAAAGUUUUAGGCAGCUAACUAUAAAAUAUACACCUGCUGGAGAGGCAGGCAGCUGUGAACAGGCAAAGAAAAAUCAAGAAGCCGCUGAACAGACAAAGAAACGAUCUUUGUUGAAAAUGUCGCUUGUCUAACCUUGUGUUAAUAAAGUCUUUUUAAACGGCAA